AGUCUAGCAGAGGUUUUCAGAUGCUUUAUUUGCAUGGAGAAGCUGCGAGAUGCUAGACUUUGUCCUCAUUGUUCCAAAAUGUGCUGUUUCCUAUGUAUAAGGCGAUGGUUGACUGAACAAAGACCACAGUGUCCACAUUGCAGAGCAUCCCUUCAUCUUCAUGAACUUGUCCACUGUCGAUGGGUUGAAGAAGUCACUCAGCAAUUAGACUCACUUCAGUUAACAGGCCCCCCUAAAGCUAAAGAAGAUGCAGAUAAAGACAGAUGUGACAUUCAUCAUGAAAAACUCAGUGUCUUCUGCAGUACAUGUAAGCAGUGCAUCUGCCAUCAGUGUGCUCUGUGGGGGGGAACGCACUCCGGCCACACUUUUAAGCCCCUGGAUGAGGUAUACGACCAGCAUGUCUCAUCAAUCACAGAUGAGGUUGCAGCAUUAAGGCGCAGACUGAUGGAACUGAUUAGUCUUGUUCAGGAAGUGGAACGCAAUGUGGAAAGUUUGCGUGAAGCUAAAGAAGAACGUGUACGUGAAAUUCGCAAUGCAGUGGAAUUGAUGAUAGCACGCUUAGACACUCAGCUUAAAAGUAAAUUGCUGACACUUAUGGGUCAAAAGAACUCUCUGACUCAGGAGACAGAACUGUUAGAAUCCUUGUUACAGGAAGUUGAACAUCAGUUGCACUCUUGCUCCAGAAGUGAACUUAUUGCUAAAAGUGGUGAACUUUUACAGAUGUUUAAUCAGGUUCAUCGUAAACCAAUGGCUUCAUUUGUGAGUCCUCCAAUACCAGCUGAUUUUUCAAGUGAAAUUGUACCUGGCUAUGACACAAGUACAUUCUGUAUCACCAAUUUCAGUUUAUUACGAAGAAAGGCAGAUCCUGUUUAUAGUGAACCCUUAAAUAUCAGUGGACUUAGUUGGAGACUUAAGGUUUAUCCUGAUGGUAAUGGUGUGGUGAGAGGAAAUUACCUGUCUGUAUUUCUGGAGCUCUCUGCUGGACUGCCAGAAACAUCCAAGUACGAAUACAGAGUUGAAAUGAUUCACCAUGCAUCUCCUGAUUCAAGCAAGAACAUUGUGAGGGAGUUUGCGUCUGACUUUGAAGUUGGUGAAUGUUGGGGUUACAACAGAUUUUUUCGCUUGGAUCUUUUGGGAAAUGAAGGAUACCUGAACACAGCAAAUGACACUUUGAUUCUAAGGUUUCAAGUCAGACCUCCAACAUUCUACCAAAAGUGUAGAGAUCAACAGUGGUAUAUUAAUCAACUUGAAACUGGUCAGACGCAGUACAUUCAGCAGAUUAACGAUUUAAAAGAGCGACUUGCCAUUGAACUGUCCAGAAACCAUGCACCGACUUCCUCAGCACCGGGCAGCGUGUCAGACAUGGGUCACGUGUCUUUACUUGAACAAUCAUUGGACAACAUCGAGGAUGAUAAUGAUCAUUUGGUCACCAAGCAACAAAAUGAUGCCCAGUUGGUAGUGCGACGGGCCCAAGUUUCCAGGCCACGUGCCACAGCACACACUGCAUUAGAUGUGGAAACUGCCUCUGGGCCAGUACUUCCAGCAUCAGAGGAAGGAGAAGAAGUGGUGGAUGAGUACACAAAUGAAGAUGAUAAUGGAGAGGAAGACGAAGACGAGAGUGGUGCUGAUACUGGUGAUGACGAGAAUGAAGUGGAUGGAAGACCGGAAGCUGAGGAGGAGACAUCUGAGCCGGAAGGAAAUGAAGAGGAGUCAUUAAGAGACGAGACUUUAGAAGAGGAAGCACUUCAGGAUCUCGUCCCAUGCUCAGAAAGUUCCCCGGAAGAACAGGCUGCGCAACAGAAGGAACAAGAGGCCUGGGACGUAGAAGAUGUUGAACUCGAAUUCUUUGAUAUUAACAGUGUAACGGAACAGCGAGAAGAGGCAGAACCAAAACCCGAGCCAUUGUCAACUCAAACCAGCUGCUCUAAUUGCCUUCCAAACAAUCAAGGUCCUCUUAUCGAUGCAGAGGAAAGAGCGCUUCUUAAUUUGCUUAAGUUUGAUAAUCGAGGCCCCAGAGGGUCGCGUUGGAAUGCGCCGGCUGUGUCACGGAGGUAUGUGUCAGUAGUGGAGUGGCCCAGGAGGGGAGAUGACGAUAAAGACAAGCAUAAGGAAAGGACCAAGAAGAGAACGCGCUUGGAGAAGACCAGCAGCAUGCUGGAGAGACUGCAGAGUUGUUUAACCCGCGCAGAAGCUCACAAGGCAGCGGCUGCCUCUCUUGACAGUGCGAAAGCCCUAGAGGAAUCUCUGACCAGUGGAAGCCAUCCCAUAGGGAUGAGAUCGGGUACAGGAAAUGUCAGACCUCACAGGAGGGGUGCUUCAUUACCCAGCUUGGAUGGUGCUGACAGUAAAAACCGAACUUCUCCGAAGAAACCCACAGUCUCAUCAGGGACUGUAGCUAGCAUAUGUGUCAGCUCCGGAGUUCCAAUUUCAGCAGUAGCAUGUACCAUUCCCCAUCCCCCUGACCAUGAUGACGGGUGUGGCAACCCUGAACCUGACCUGUCAGUACCUCAUCACUUGCCGGAAAUGGACACAGACAGUCCACGUUCUCGACCCAAAGAUACGAAGCGGAAAGUACACAGAGCAAAUACUGCUCACUCUACUGUUGGAACUGAAGGUCUCCAACUUAGUUCUCAGUUACUGUCCGACCUUAAAAGGGCUUCGACUAUAAACAAAACCUACAGGAUGAGGUACUCUGCUACCGAGGAAGAACUACUACAGAGUCGAGCCAGUUCUCACAAUAGUCCCACACAAGCUGAUAGCAGUGUGGAUCCUUCACCAUGUGGUAGCGCAGAUGAAUCUUUCAUUACGUCACUGAGUUCAUUACCAACAUGUCAGCAGUAUCACUUGGUACACAUUAGCACUGAGGACCUGACUGACAUACACAGCGGUGAUUCACCCACUAACCCUCCCCCCAUAGUAAUCAAUAGAAAGAGGAGCUCACCAACCGGAAGCGCCUGUAGCAACACCAGUCGGGAGGGUGACAACAGCCCCACAGGAAGUGCAGGUUGCUCAAGUCCUCAAAUUAAUGACAGCAGUGCGGAAGAAGACAGGGGAAGUUGUGAUAAAUAAUAUUGCCGUGUCAAAAGUGUCUCUUAAACGUCAUACCUAAGAUACAUUAUACGUAGAGUAGAUUUAUUAUUGUACAGAAUGGCCAGGGGGUCUGGGUUCUAGCCUUGAAUGGUACCUUUAAGUUCCUUAUUCUCCACUGACCUUAAAAUUUUUGGGCGUGUACGACUAUGAGUUCGAGAUCUUCCAAUAGGGAGACAAAGGGCGCUCGAGAAUCUCCGUAAUUUGGUGCCUUAAAAAAAAAGCGGUCGACAUUAUUUUUCAAGUUUUUGCAAAAAAUGGAGUAACCAUUUUGUAACCAGUUCUGUGGUUUGACUUUUUUAAUUGAGCCCUUCGAUUACGUCCGAUCAUAAGAAUUAGCUUUGUUGCUCAGAGAAGCACAGUUAAGUUUCACGACGAAAAUUUCGCUGAAAAACUGAAUGUAACUCUCCUACCUGUUAUCGAGCGAGCUCGGCUUAAAAUCUUAAGGUCUUCAUUAGCGUGAUCUAAAAUUAUUGAAUGAGUUUAAUUUAUUGAUGAGUAAAUGAGAUAUGUUGUAGUGGGAUGAAUGUGAUGUAGUUAAUACUGGCCUUUUCCAUAUUUUUUCUUCCUUCGCUGUUUACUUUCCUAGCCUGCGGGACGGGCGUCAUUUCUUUGACGUUUUUCGGGCAAGCGGAGGAAAGUGUAAAGCGUGCGGGAUAACAGCACGAGGGGCGAGUCGCGUGCCAGAGGAGGAGCUUGUGCAAUAGUGCUUGUCACGCCCGUCAUGCUGACCUCGCGCUGGCCUCCGCUCGCCUAACCUGGCGAAAAAAUGACGCCCUAUCUCUAAGGGACCCUAACGAGUUUUUUUUUAGUAUCGAGUAGUCUCCUUCGCAGCCGUUUUUUUUCCUUCGCAGCCGUUUUUUUUCCUUCGCAACGCUUUUCGCCCUUAUCGCGAGAAAGAGCGUGUUGCGUGAGAGACCAAAUAAAGGCUGAGAAGGAGAGCAGGCAUCAAAUCUUCCUGGAUUUGUUGAAAAAUAAUUAGACAGGGUUUCAUUGAAAGUGUAAGGUAUCUAGGGGCGAUUCCUCUCUUGGUGUUCUCUGGCUUGUACCUAUCUCAACUUUUUCUUUGUGACGUUGAUUCGCCACAUUAAUCAAUGAAUAGAAUCUUCACUAAAUGUACAUAGCUGUGAAUAUGGUUCAAUUUCAAGACGGAGUAUGUUGAGAAUAUAUUUUGAGAGUUGAUAUCGAUUCUCCGGAAGAUUAAUAAAUUAUUGUAUUUGAUUCAUGCUA